AUGUUGCCCAACAUGUCUCUCUUCUCCGUCAAUGCCAUCCUGAUCCUCUCCACCGACGACCGCUCCCGCAUCCUCACAAAAUACUACUCUGCUCCCCACGCCCCGCCAAAUAGCACGUCCCACCCAGGCGCCAACCCCUACCCAACUAUCAAGGAGCAAAAAGCUUUCGAGAAGGGGCUCCUGGAAAAGACGAAUAAGCAGUCGAGUGACAUCAUACUGUACGAUGGCCGAGUAGUCGUCUUCAAGAUGGAGGGGGAUGUUAUGCUUUACGUGGUAGGCGGCGGGGAGGAAAACGAGAUUUUGCUGUUCGGCGUCGUCCUGGCGCUGAGGGAUUCGUUAUCCAUAUUACUGAAGAAUUCCACAGACAAACGCACCUUGAUAGAAAACUAUGACCUCGUCUCGCUCGCCAUGGACGAGAUCGUCGACGACGGCAUCAUACUCGAAGUUGAUCCUGUGGUCGUGGCGAGCAGGGUCAGCAGGGCACCGGCGCAGGACGUUACGAACAUCAAAGGUGUGGACUUCAGCGAACAAGGCGUUUACAAUUUGCUUGAGUUUGGCAAAAACAAAUUGGCGGAGCGGAUGAGACAGAUGUAG